AACAACAAAAACAAAAGAGAAACUCCAAAAAUCCAUCCGUUAGAAAGAUACAAUGAAAAAACUUCUAACAUGGGAAAAAACAUGUCCCACCCAUUUCAAUAAUAAAGCAGAGGACCCUCCUCAUCACAAUCAUGGUCGGACUCCAUCGGGAACCAGUGGGCUCCCAUACACCGCAGCACACACGUUCCCUACUGCAUUUUACCAUCUCCAAAUUCCCUUCAAUCUAUCUUCCCAUCUCCAUUUUUGUUUUCCCAAUUAAUUAAUUAGAUCAAGAAAUGGGCGGAGUCACUUCCUCUAUUGCUUCUAAGUUUGCCUUCUUUCCGCCCACACCCCCAUCUUACACAAUCAUCCCCGACGACUCCAACUCGGGUCGAUUCUACAUACCCGAGGUUCCUCAUAGAGACGAUGUAGAUGUGUUGAAGCUUCGUAAUCGACGAGGUAAUGAAAUCAUCGCGGUUCAUAUCAAACAACCAAAAGCAUCCGCCACUGUCCUUUACUCCCAUGGUAACGCAGCUGAUUUGGGACAGAUGUUUGAACUCUUGGUAGAAUUGAGCCUCAGACUGCGUUUAAAUCUUAUUGGUUAUGAUUACUCUGGCUAUGGACAAUCAACUGGAAAGCCCACGGAGUGCAGCACAUAUGCAGAUAUUGAAGCGGUUUAUCAAUGUUUAAAGGAGAAAUAUGGAGUUAAAGAUGGUCAAUUGAUAUUAUACGGUCAGUCUGUGGGUAGUGGUCCUACGAUAGAUUUAGCUUCUCGGACCCCAAACUUGAGAGGAGUCGUGCUACACAGUCCGAUUCUGUCCGGCCUAAGGGUUUUAUAUCCUGUGAAGAAGACAUAUUGGUUUGACAUCUACAAGAAUAUAGACAAGAUUGUCAUGAUUAGUUGUCCGGUUCUUAUAAUUCAUGGCACGUCGGAUGAAGUUGUGGACUGUUCUCAUGGAAAAGAGCUAUUUGAGCUUUGCAAGAACAAGUAUGAACCCUUGUGGGUAAAGGGGGGUGGGCAUUGUAAUCUCGAGCUUUAUGGAGACUAUAUUAAACACCUAAACAAGUUUGUUCAUUCGCUCAAUGAACCAAAAACAAAUGCAAAUGGUUCAAAGAAGAAUUACAAAUCAUUUAAAAGUGGACAUUCUUCAAAAGCAGCUUAUGAGCCACUUCCCGAAGUUUCUAGGAACAGUUUGGACAGUCGAUUAAAGAAGGCCAAGGAGACGAAUGUGCCCGAGAAGUCUCGGAUGAGUACUGAUCGUGCCGAAAUGUUUAGGCGAAGAAAGGGCCGCCUACAUUGGUGAUUAAUCUGUUGAGAAAAAGUGAAUAUUAUGGGAGGAUUAAGUUAUUGUAUUUUAUCUAUUCAUAUUGUUUCUUAUAUUACUUUUAUUGAUUUAAAUAAACAAGACAAAUGAUUAUAGAUUCAAUUUAAUUCCUUA